UUUUACGCGAGAAUGCACGAGGUCCGCCAAAUGAAAAUGAAAGUAGCGUGAAAUGUCAAUGUUGCAAAAAUGUUCAUUUUGUAUUUGUUUACUUUUAAAAUGGUUGAAUCAUCGAAGUAUCAGAAAAUAGAAUGCAGUAUAUUUAUAAUAACACCUUAAACAUUGCAAUAAUCAGGCUAUAAAACGAUGGACAGGCAGAUUUCAGAUGUUUAUAACAUAUGUCGUGAUUUGAAUUUCUGAACGAGGUCCAGAACGUAGGAAAGCUGCUGUGAAGCUGAAAAAUGUACUAUCCCAUUCAGCGACAAAAAAGGCACUGGACAAAAGUCAUGAGAAGAAGCUGUCAUCUAAGAGCUCAAGCAAGGUCUUCUCAUGGGAAAGUGUGUUUAGGUCUGUGUGUAUUUAUGUUACCAUGGAAACCGAAGAGCUUCAGAAUGCCAACCAGGAAGUCUCGCGUACAACACUUAGCAAUAGAGAGUCUAGAAAACAAGAAAUAAGUGCACUUGUGAAACAUGUGAUUAGGCUUGCUGACAAAGGAAGCCCCAAAUUGAAGGGUAGUCUGUUAUUUGAUCAUAUACGAAAGAUUUUACAUGAGGAAUAUACACGUGACUCAUACGGGCAAGAUUACUGUAGUAUACUACUGAAGAAUGUCUUGUCAGUCAGGAAAUAUAUGGUGGAAUUAAACACGAAAGAAUGGCAUGAGCUUCUGUUUAUGUUUUUCAAACUUUUUAAUGAAGCAGAUGUGAAGAUAGACAAGCUUGUAUUGUCACAGAUUAUUCAUUCUCUAAUCAAUGGAGUAACUUCACAGUGUGAUGUUAGACCAAAGAAAAUUCUAGCUUUCUUCACAGAAUUUUUUUCCAGAGCUAAAUAUCAGAAAUCUUCAUUGUUGUUACAACAUAUGCUGUCAGCUUUAAAUGUGUUCAUAGAGAGCAUAGGGCCAACAUCACGAGUACAAGUGUGUAAGCUGGGAGAAGAGAUUGUACCGAAAUUGCCCUACCUAUGGCAUAAUGUCGCAUCGGAGGAAUUAAAGGAUGAGUUGUUGAAGUUUUUGCAGACCCAGAUGUGGUGUCAUCACCCUAACGGCCUGAAGAAUGGCUCGCCUGGAGCUUACGCUGUUCACUGGGACAAAUGGAUGAGUAAUCUCAAGAAGCUGUAUGAAUUAAUGUAUUCAGAGAUUCAGCAAAUGGGACCUUCAAGAAACAGGGGGAAAAUACAGGAGUUGAAGUCAGCAUUUGUAGAUUUAGCAGUAGAUGUUUGUCAACAGAUUUUUUCUGAAAGUUCACACAUGAUUGAAGUCACCCAGAUCUCCUGUACUGGCAGUGACGGGCAAACAGGACCGAGUGCUAAGAAACGCAGAUUGGAAUCUGGCUGGGAUUCCAUUAGGAACUUUAUUAAUUCUGCAGGACAGACGCCUAAAAUGGUUCCUUGGUUACAACUGGUUACAGGCCUUGUAUCAAAGUAUACUGAUAGUAUUCCAAGAGAUGAGGUUAUACCAUAUUUGUUAUGCCUGUCACAUGCACUCUCAGACUGUAAAAGGACAGAUCUGAUGGUAUACAUAAUGAGGUGUAUUAAGUCAUUUGUCGUCAGCUGGGAUAAAAUUGUUGCCAUAGAUACAGAUACGCUGAUGGAGCAAUCAAAAUCUACAUGGAAUCAAAUAUGGAUGGUUACUUUGAGGUUUGUGAGUCUACAUAAUGCUGAACCAGAGGGAUAUGUUUUGCUUUCUGCCAUGAUUGAGGCACGCCUGGUUACACCGAGGAAGGAUAUCUGGUCCAUCUUUAUGCCAUCAUUAACACGUCCCAUCACUGAAUCUGUCAUAUUUCUAUGCCAGUGUUUAGAAUACUGUGAUUUUCCUGAAAAUUAUGUGCCAAAUUUAGCAGUCACGAUUGCGUCUGCUUCAGCGGACGUUAAAUUUCCUCUACGAAAACAGCUACUUCAAUGGUUGCUGCCUUCAAGAGAUGAUGAAACUGAAGGGUCAAGGUCAUAUUGUAAGCUGAAUCCUGAUUGGACAGCUCAUGCAUUAAUGACAUUGACCUUGAGAAAUCUCACUGUUAGGUUGACUGGGUGCAAAAAUGAACAAAUUUUAAUGAGUCCAUUGGAGAGAUGUUACCUAGAGACUGCCAUUGAGAUGCCACUAGAGGUGGAAGAAGUGUUGUUUAAGCCAGGAAAGAAAAUAGAAAACAUUGACUCAGUUCAUAUACCAACAGUGCUGUUGAUGGUUGAAAAUUUAGUAAAAUCAGAAGUACAGUUCUACACUUCACGAGCUGAAGAACAGGUAUCAGAUGUAGAAGAAAGUGUGAAAUUUUUAAGGCUGGUUUGCAGGCUCUUGUCACUGUUGCUAGGCAACCAGAUUCUUACACCACAAACUAUAGUUACAUGUAGUCUGUAUGAAAGUUUAGUCCGAGUUUUGAAAAAAGUUUCAAACUCACUUCAAGAAAUUAUUAAGAAAGAUGGAUACUCAAAUUUGUUUUUGAUUGUGAAGGAGUUACGGAACUUGUUUUGUUGGGACGGAGAAAGUUUGUUGGAGAGUAUCGGAGGCACGGAGGAGUGUUGUAGGAUAAUGUCUGCAGUAUGUAGGUCAGCUACACCAUCGGCACUAGUUACUGUUCUCUUAGACAUUGCAAAUGAAAAGCACUGUACCAACAGACAGGCUAGUAGCACUAGUGCAGACUCUAGUUUAAACCAGUCUAGAUUUAAUAGAGGAGCCAGCAAGCUUCUAGAUGACUUUGAUGAUGAUUUUGAUCUAGAUUUUGAGGACCAGUCUAACAACAAUAAUGCAAUGGAAGUAGAUGAUCUGGACUUUAAUGAUGGACCAGACAGUCAGGAUUCUGAUGAUGUUUCUACAACAAAUGAAGUAUGUCAGAGUUUAUGUUCGCCUAGCUUGUUAACAGAGAAUCAGCUGUUACGACUUGAGGCGAUAAAGACGUUAUGCGAGUGGGGGAGAUGUGAUGUAAAAAUUCCAGUUAAACUGAAGAGUGAAAUAGAUGUGAAAUACGUAAAGUCAAAGAUUGUCACUUUGUUAGAAGAGGAUGUGUUCGACCCAUGCAGAGCUGUUGAUGUACAAAUGUUGCAGCAGAUUGUGAUGUUACAAGCUGAUACGGAGGAAACUAUCCCGGAAAACAAUCUCCGCACCAUGAUUUCAGCAAUAAGAAGCUGUGUUCGAUGUCACCGACGUGACCAGGAAGUGUGUAAAGUCAGUCUGGAACUCAUUAUUAGACUUGUUCCCCAUUUAGCUGAGAAUGACAACCAACCUUCCAGUGUGUUGAGAGAAUGCAGAGAAUCAGUCUUGUAUCUCAUCAAAAUUUUCUGGAAGCUACAAGAAGAGAGCUACACAUCUGAUGUAAGGAGCUGUAUUGCUAAAGCCAUGGAAACUCUGGCACAGUAUGACCCAUAUUGUAAGUGGUCACGUUUUCUGUCAGACCAGGACGAAGAUAGCCCCUCAUCUCAGGACGAGUCUGGUCCCAGUCCUGCUAAUAGACUGGUUGACUGUGCAGGGGAUAUGUGCCAUAAUGUUAGAAUGCAGACUGUUUCUGCUAUAUACAAACUGUUUGUUGACAUGAACACAGUAGGCAAGCAACCAUUAGACAGGAAUAAGCAGCAUCAAGUAUUUUCUGAGCUCUUCAUGGUGUUAAAUGAUUCUCUAGAACUUCAGGGAAAAUUAUCGCCAGAACGUCUAGAAGAUGAGAGACAAACCAGGAUAGCAGAUAUGCUGAUUGCUCUAGGUACAGUUAUAUGUUCAAGUCCCGUCUGUGAGAAGCUGGUUGUAUUCUCACUGAUGCAGUUUAUCAAGGAGAAAGAUGUCCCUGUAGACAUAGUUAUUAAAAUUCUUCAGAAGGUUUCUAGGAUUUUAGGAUACGAGACCCACGCUAAGUAUACUGAAAGUUACCUCUCUUUUUGUCUACACAAAUGGCUACAGUCAGGGUGGGAUGUGUCAGAGUUUCCAUACAAAUUGUUGGGCAGUGAAAAUAUUGGACAGUUUUACAGGAAGUAUUUAAACAGCAUUAUAGCGGAGUUAGUUUUCAUUCAAGACAUGGACAGUGUAGAAAUCAUAGGCUCAAAUCUUGGUAUAUCACCAAAAGACUUGUUAAAGAACAGCAUACCUUAUACAGUGGUUCAUAUCUUACCAGUGUUUGCUGCUAGUAAACAAAUGGGACAGACAGAUGAUUCGGGAAUAAAGAAGAAAAUUGGUCGUGCUACAGCGUGCUAUAAUCUACUCACCAAAGAAUUGUCAGAAGAGGUUGUAGAUAGGCAGAUUGUAAACAGUUUGGAUGAGAUUGUAGCCAAUCUUCUUAUGUGUUUGUAUGAUACGGAAGCUGAUACUGGCAAUAUUAGGGACACAAACCCAGAACCUAAUCCACCUUUCUACAACACACAGACAAUUACCUGGACACUGGAUUAUAUCACAAGCAGUUUCUCAGGAAGUGGGAAAACACUCGUUGAAAUUCUCUCAAAAACCACCGACAGUAUACAGAAGAUUAUGCUAGAGUUAUCUGUUAUGAUGUGGAAGUGUCAUAGAAUGUCAGAAAAGAGACGUACAUUGUUCAUGUACCAACUGUUCACUCGUCUUCUACUCCAACAAUUUCACACUCAGCUCGGAGGGGCGUGGGUGUACGUUCUCAGAGAUGUUAUACUCCGCCUUGUUUAUCUCAUCAAAGAUAUCACCGCAGUCCCUCUAAAUGCUGGGACAGAGAGUUGUUAUAGAGAGAGUAUUGCUUGUAUGGCACUAGAGCUUCUCAGAGAGGUUUGCACAGUAGGAGUUGAUAUUUGUCCUAAGGAGCUGAUGAAAUAUUUACCAUUACUUACAAGUAACCUGGUAUCUACUGUUGGACACAGUGGGGAUGUGGGACAGCUGUCACUAAGCCUGCUGAAAUUUUUGACACUAGAGAAGGUGAAAGAAUUACGUACAGCUAUAGCAAUGUUAGAUAAUUUCCCGGACAAACCUGAAUUCAAGGAAUGCAGAGCUGUACAUCAUAAAUUGAAAUAUGCUUCUGGAGCUUUCAGUUUGAAAAAGGAAGUAGACCAUUUCUUGAUGGCUGGUAGGAAUCCUGUAAUAGAUCAAGAUUUUAGACUUGAAGGUUAAAAUUUCUACAUGAGCAACUAAAGUGUGAACAAAAAGAGCUGCAGCAACUUGCAUCAGAUGAUACACUAUGCAGACUAUCAUGUUCAUUGGUUGAGCUGACCAAAUGUGAGAAUAGAGAUGUUGUGAUAAUGGCAGUAAAUGUCUUGGUGUCCUUGGACCAAUCAACAUGAAGACAAUAUCUCUCCCUGCACCACCUAUCAGUAUAGGUCUAACAACUUGCUCUCCAGUGUUUUGAGGAGUUGCCUGAUGUUCACAAAUACUGCAGAAUAUUUCACUGUCUGAAUACAUACCUCACAGAUAAAAGUAUUGAACUUGUACAGUCUGCUAGCACUGUACUGAAAGCGUUACUGGCAGUAAAGAAAGGUAUAGAGUUUACCAAUGGGUACAAGUCCCAGCUAGGUGAAAAUGAGUACCUGUUUCAUUAUCUACAUCCUUUCAGAGCUGGCAAGAAGAAGAUUCCAACCAGUAAGGUAACAAAGCCUGACUGGGAUAUGUUCCAGACCACAGUAGAUCAACAGUUGCUAUGGAAUCCUGCACAUAGUAACCAUGGUAACUGGUUGGUUACCUUAACAACUACAUUGAUAAACAGUGGAGCUGUCAGAGAUGAACUUUUACAGCUGUUAGAACCAGUGUGUUCUAUAAAGGUUGAGUUUUGUGAGCUAGUGCUGCCGUAUAUUAUACAUGAUAUUCUAGUCAAUGGUUCAGAUGACCAUCAUGAGGUCAUCUCCAGACAAGUAGUCAGCUUUUUCUCAAGUCACUGUGGUCAGUCAAGGUCUGGACAAGUUAGCAGAUGCCAGUCUGUGACUCAUGCUUAUAUAU